UAUACAAGGAAAUCCCAUCAGAUACUCAGAUGAGCUUGCCUUUUCCGCGUUCAAACACGUUUCAACAGAUUGAGUAUAUUUCAGACACUGUUUGUUUUGUGUGUGUUGAACUAUUGAUAACCUUUAAACGUCUCCAAGGCUACUCAAAUUAUCGGUUAUAAGAAUCAAGACAAUUAUUGACAGUUCGAAGUUUUUCAAAUAAUAAAUCAAGGUUCAUGUGAAGUUAUAUGCAAAACAAUUGAUAUGUGGUGCAAAAAAAUCAUAAUUCUGUGUUUCCUCGCUACUGUGCUAUCUGUUUAUGCUGAUGGAUGCAACAACGCGCGAUGCACCUCCCUGGAACAGUGCACCGGACUGUACGACCAGUUGCAGCAGAACCCCGCCAGCCCCACCUUAAUAAGCCUGCUGAGGAGGUUGCACUGCGGCUUUGACUCGCAGCAACUGCCCAUGAUAUGUUGUCCACCAGAGUUCCUCAACCCCCAGCCGACGAACCGCAUGGGGUUCAACAGACGCGCGGCGCUGGCGCUGCUGCCGGACCGCAACACGUGCGGCGUCAUGAACGACGACAGGAUCUACGGCGGCAUCAUCACCGAGAUCGACGAGCAUCCCUGGAUGGCUUUGGUCAGAUAUAAAAAGCCAAAAGGCAGCGGAUUCUACUGCGGCGGGGUGCUAAUAUCGUCUCGAUACGUGCUGACUGCGGCGCACUGCGUCAAAGGAUCUGAUCUGCCAGAGUCUUGGACAGUGUCGCAAGUCCGACUCGGCGAGUGGAAUACUUCAACCACGAUAGACUGCGCCAGUAAGGGCGACUGCAGCCCUAAGCCGCUCGAUGUGCCGGUGGAGGAGGUCAUUGCACACGAGGGCUAUGAUCCAACUGACGGCCACCAGCAGAAUGAUAUCGCGCUGCUGAGACUGGCAUAUAAUGUGCCUUUUAAUGACUUCGUGAAGCCGAUCUGCCUCCCCACUGAUCCGUCUCUGGCGCGCGAAACUUUCGAGGGUGCUGAUAUGGAGGUGGCCGGCUGGGGGAAGACGGAAACAAGAUCAACCUCAGACGUCAAACUGAAAGUCCGAGUACCGGUGGUCAGGAAAUCGGACUGCCAAGAGAUUUACAGCAGGGCAGGACGGACUAUAACUGACAACCAGCUCUGUGCAGGAGGACUGUCAGGCCAGGACUCCUGCAGGGGAGACUCAGGGGGCCCGCUGAUGGGGCAGGUGGCUGCGAUGAACUGGAUGGCUAUAGGCGUGGUGUCCUACGGCCCUUCGCCUUGCGGAACCCCUGGAUGGCCCGGAGUCUAUACGAGAGUCACUGCCUAUAUCGACUGGAUACUUUCUAAGCUGAGACCUUAAUAAUUAGGAUUUUUUUAUUGCUUCGAGCGCACCCCAUACAAACGUAGUAUGAUUGUUAUUUUAACAGGCAGACGACUAUGACUUCAUACGUGUGGAUUUAGGUUUUUAAAAAUCCCGUCAGUACCUAGAACCAUUUUAAUUUUCAAGGAUAAAAAAUAGCACACAUCCAUCUUCGCCUUGUAUCCCAGAGACAGAUACUUACAAGCUAUUUUUACCUACAAAAUUUUAUUGACUUUGACUAUAUUCAAAAUCAAAUAAAAAUAACCGGUUUGUAUGGAGAGCGCUCGUUAGACUUCUCUUAAGUUUUACGCGUCCACAGUUCAUUUCACGUAAAAAUACCUUUAUACCUGCGCAGUGGGCGAUCUAUCGAUCUACUUAUUUGAUGGUAUGAAGUGAGUGGCAGUGACGGUGGGAGCAUCUACACCGCUGCGCAUUGAUUCGUUUAGACUUUAGAUCUUUUGUUUUGUGAGUCUAUGUAAGCAGUAGGUACCUAUAACCACAUUAUACCCAUUCGCAGCCCCUCCUACUUUGAUCAUAGGUAUUUUAUGUGAAACGAAUUAAAAUAUAGAAAAGCCUUUAAAGUUGACAAUGAUAUGUGUUUCAUGAUAACUAUUAACUAUGUAGAUUUAAGUCUGAAUCGCUCGAUUGGGAAUAACCCCCCUUCGCUCUCCAGAUCUCACCACAAACACUUACGUAGGGUUGCCACCUGCCACGUCUUGAUUUAGGGGUUACCAGCAUCAAAAAUACGGGUUUUAGAUUUUUUAC